AUGGCAACAACAACUCUAGUCGUCAUAAAUAUGGUGGUAUUGUGGAGAAGUCCAAACCACCUAAGUCAGCCAACUGCAAAUUACUGUCAUCAUGCUUCAUCAGCAUGGCACCCAGACCCUGCUGCUGCUAGUCACGUUACACGGAACUUAAGAAAUCUUAGCCUUGCGAAAGAUUAUAAAUGUACAUCUAAGUUAAUUGUUGAUCUGAAUACCAGGGGACUGCUUCUACAAGACAACGCUGAGGAUAGAAUCUACUACAAUACAAGGCUGAGGAUGGAAUCUAUAAGUUUAAAAGCACUGUGA